ACGGUUGAUCCUCGAGUCUCGCUCCGGCCACGGCCAGUGCACCCCCGGGCUGGGGCAGUUGCGGAAAUGUCUCAGGCUGUGCAGACAAAUGGAACUCAACCAUUAAGCAAAACAUGGGAACUCAGUUUGUAUGAGUUACAACGAACACCUCAGGAGGCAAUAACAGAUGGCUUGGAGAUUGUGGUCUCACCUAGAAGUCUACACAGUGAAUUAAUGUGCCCAAUUUGUUUGGAUAUGUUAAAGAACACCAUGACUACAAAGGAGUGUUUACAUCGGUUUUGUGCGGAUUGUAUUAUCACAGCCCUUAGAAGUGGCAACAGAGAAUGUCCUACCUGUCAGAAAAAACUGGUUUCUAAAAGAUCACUAAGGCCAGACCCAAACUUUGAUGCACUCAUCAGCAAGAUUUAUCCCAGUCGUGACGGUGACGAGUGUGAAGCGCAUCAAGAGAGGGUCUUAGCGAGGAUCAACAAGCACAACAAUCAGCAGGCUCCCAGCCACAGCAUCGAGGAGGGGCUGAAGAUACAGGCCAUGAACAGAUUACAGCGAGGCAAAAAGCAGCAGAUAGAAAAUGGCAGCGGAGCAGAAGUUAACGGUGACAGUUCCCAUUGUAGUAAUGCAUCCACACACAGCAAUCAGGAAGCGGGCCCUAGUAACGAACGGACCAAAACAUCUGAGGACUCUGGGCUUGAACUUGAUAACAACAAUGCAGCAGUGGCAAUUGAUCCAGUAAUGGGUGGUGCUAGUGAGAUUGAGUUAGUCUUCAGGCCCCAUCCAACUCUUAUGGAAAAGGAUGACAGCGCACAGACAAGAUACAUAAAGACUUCAAGCAAUGCCACUGUUGAUCACUUAUCCAAGUAUCUGGCUAUGAGGUUAGCUUUAGAAGAACUUCGAAGCAAAGGAGAAUCAAACCAGAUGAACCUGGAUACAGCCAGUGAGAAACAGCACACCAUUUACAUAGCCACAGCCAGCGGCCAGUUCACUGUUUUAAAUGGCUCCUUUUCUUUGGAAUUGGUCAGUGAGAAAUAUUGGAAAGUGAACAAACCCAUGGAACUUUAUUAUGCACCCACCAAGGAGCACAAAUGAGCUUUUAAAAGUCAAUUCUAAGACUGAACUUUUUAUAGUCUAUUCCUUUAAUAUUAAAGAUAUGUACCAUUGUUACUUUUAUGGAUAGAUCUGGGAUAUGUUCAGUUUUCUUUCUGAGCCAGACUUGUUUACACAAUUAGAUUAAUGUCUCCUCCUUAAUUUAAAGACAGUGCUUUUUGGAAAGGACUCUAGUAACUCAGUAC